AUGGCUUCGAGAGCAUUCAGACCGCCUGUUCGAGCAGGAAUCUACGAAGGCCAGUUGCGCCUACUUUCGACGACAUCGUCCAAGCCCGAAGGCAAGCCACAGAUCGAGACUAUAACCGCGGCCCAGCACACCGAGUACCUUGCCUCACGCCGCCGCGCCCGACCCACCAGUCCACACCUGUCAAUCUACCAGCCACAGAUAACGUGGUAUUCCGGGGCUCUGAUGCGCAACUGCGCCAUCCUCAUCACUGCACCGGUGUAUAUCUUCGGGGCGGCCUACCUUGUGUCGCCGCUUCUGGGCUGGCAUCUCGACACUGCGAGCUUGGUGGACUGGUUUGGUGGGCUGUCCGCUAGCACGAGGCUGGCGGUAAAGGCAUUUUUUGGCUGGCCGUUCAUGUUCCACAUCAUCCACGGCUCUAGGCAUCUGAUUUGGGACACGGGGGCCAUGCUCACGAACAGACAAGUGCAGGUGUCAGGAUGGUUGGGACUGGGCCUCAGUGUGGUGGCGACGGUAGGCUUGAUAUUCCUGUGA